CGGAGGCUUCCAAGCAACCUCCCCUUCCUCCGCUGCUUCGGCGCUCCAUCCACUCUUGGUGGUCACAGCGUGGCAAGGGUCUGCCUGGCCUCUCCCGCUCCUUUAGGCUGCCAGCUCCCGUCCGCCGCCAUGGCAGAGUUGGGCCUAAAUGAGCACCAUCAAAAUGAAGUUAUUAAUUAUAUGCGUUUUGCUCGUUCAAAGAGAGGCUUGAGACUCAAAACUGUAGAUUCCUGCUUCCAAGACCUCAAGGAGAGCAGGUUGGUGGAGGAGACCUUCACCAUAGAUGAAGUCUCCGAAGUCCUGAACGGGUUGCAGACUGUGGUUCAUAGCGAGGUAGAGUCUGAGCUCAUCAACACUGCCUACACCAAUGUGCUACUCCUGCGGCAGCUGUUUUCUCAAGCUGAAAAGUGGUACCUUAAGCUACAGACAGACAUCUCUGAACUUGAAAACAGAGAAUUAUUAGAACAAGUUGCAGAAUUUGAAAAAGCAGAAUUUACGUCUUCAAAUAAAAAGCCCAUCAUAGAUGUCAUAAAGACAAAACUUGUUCCACUUAAUGAAGGUGGAACAGCAGAACUCCUCAAUAAGGAAAUUUUAAGACUUCAAGAAGAGAAUGAGAAAUUGAAGUCAAGGCUGAAGACCAUUGAAAUACAGGCUACAAAUGCAUUGGAUGAGAAGUCAAAACUAGAAAGAGCACUGCAAGAUUUACAGCUUGAUCAAGGAAAUCAAAAGGAUAUUAUAAAGGCCCGAGACUUGAGUGACUUGGAAAACACAGUUGCUGCUUUAAAGAAUGAGUUUCAGAAGACACUUAAUGACAAGACAGAAAACCAGAAGUCCCUGGAGGAGAAUCUAGCAACAGCCAAGCAUGACCUACUCAGGGUUCAGGAGCAGCUGAGCAUGGCUGAAAAGGAAUUAGAGAAGAAAUUUCAACAAACCGCAGCUUAUCGAAACAUGAAAGAGAUUCUUAACAAGAAGAACAACCAAAUCAAAGACCUGAGGAAAAGACUGGCCAAAUAUGAACCUGAAGAUUAAAAACUGAAGAUUUCAUCUGAACCUGCCACAACAUGAACAUAGAUGAUGUCUCUCACCUCAUGUUUUUGGAAGCAUUUUGCAUUAUUCUCUCUCCUUAUUUUUCUAAUAUUUAGACUUUGCUUCUAAUAUUUAGAACUAAAGUUCCUAUUUUCAGUUGUCUAAUUGAGAAGAGAGAAAAACAAGUGAUUCUGGCCAGUCAUCCCAAACACCUCGCUGCCGAGUGCUCCAGAGUCUUAGUUUGAAUGCAGUGAAGAAUUCUUUACAAUAAAGAAGAGAUUUUUGGAGUGGGAAGAAGAGUCUUAUCCUUUUGCAUUAGUAUAAAGAGUGUAUCUUUUUAAUAAAUGUUAAAGAUGCUGACAGUGUCUAUGCUUGUGCAUUCCCCAAGGGUAAAAAUAAAUAAUAGUUAUUAAAGAUA